AUGCCAAGGAACCAAACCUUCUGCCCCAUCAGUGACGAGACUCUCGGAGAGGUUCUUUGCGCCGUGGAUGAGGCCUGCGUCUGCGCGAACUCUUCGCACAUCCGGGAGCUUGCGAACGUGACAGUGGACGGCCUGGCGUGCUAUGCUUGUGAGCCGCGGCGACCACCGGCUUGCACAGAGGCAAAUGACCAGUGCACGCCCGAGGCGUGUGAGUGUGGCAACCCCUUGACCCACGUGAAGCGGGAUGCGACCACGGUGGACGGGAGUCCAUGCCACUACUGCGAGCCAAUCGGGGGCAUGGCCAGCAUCGGACGGCCCGAGUUCUUCAUGGUGCUCAUGGUGCUGGCCUUGAUCGCCAUGUGGCAGCUCCUGGGAAGGAAGCCUGUGUCGGGAAAAAGCAGUUUGCGGCUUUCUCGACGGCAGGGUGACCGAAACCGAGCCAUACGAGUACAACAGGAACCGCUGCGAUUCUACGAAGAGGUGAUGUUCAUGGUUGGAGACUUCUUCGAUUUCGUCGUGGACGGUGCCUGGGAACUCUUUCGUGUGGCGUGGGGUCUUCUCCAGCGCCUUGCGGCCUUCCUUAGCAGCGCUUCACCACUGAAGACGGUGAACGCGAUAAGGUCGUUCAUCCGACCAGCGAAGGACGACCUUGACUGGGACGUGGUGGCCACCCAGAGGGAAGCGAAGCGGCCACUGCGGAGACGACUCGAGGCCCCGACAGCUGACUCUGCAGCUGGCAGUGCGACUGCAGGCCUCGCGCCGGUGCGGCCAUCCGCUCAAAAGGCGCCAGUACCCCGGCCGGAGAAGGCUCCCGAGCGGAAGCUUUCGAACACAAGCACCGCAUCGAAGGCGACGGAGCAACAGGAGAAGGCGAAGAAGGUCGCCGAGAAGGUCUCCGAGAAGUCGGAGAAGGUCUCGGAGCCCAAACCGAAGAGGAAGGUGGAGCGUCAGGCAGAGACCCGUGCUCCAAACGGCGCCACGAAGGCGCCACCUGCAGAGCCGGUGGAAGGUCUUAGAGAAGCCAAGGCGAAUGAGAAGGCACGAAGACCGGGACCCAAAGCGAAGCUUUGUCCCCCCAAGGUUCUCGAAGAGAGGGGCCCGGGCCAAGAUGGUCCGGCAGAGCUAGGCAAAGAGGCUACGGCUAGUCUUAAAGUUGACAGUCAAGAGGCGCAAGAGGUGGCGGAGACAUGCACUUCAUGUGCGCAAACGGGAUUGCAGUCCGAUCUUCCAAAAGACGUGCAUUUUGAACUGCCUUCCCCGUCUCCGCUAUACAAGGCAGCAAUCGCCGUUAUCAAGGCAAGUGCUGUUGAAGCCGCCGUAGAGGUUGAAGGGAAAAGUUUCAUGCAGUCGACAACUACAGUGAUGCUAGAGGAGUUUGAAGGUUCCACGGAGGGCAGCAUUGCUCCAAACGACGACGACACGGCCCAGACUGAGAGCGAGGACUGCGACAACCGCGGAUCCUUGAGGGCGAAUACUGCAGCUGCUGCGGCCGCCAUCCUUGCUGCGGCUACUGACAAGCGAGCUGCAGCACUUGAGCUGCUCGAUGCUGCUGCCAUGCCGACCAUCGAAGUGCGGACGUUCCUCUCUGAGCCUGACAUGGAGGCUCCCGUCAUGAGGAGAACAGUGAGCGACAGCGACCUCGCGCUCUACUGCUGA